AUUCACAACCUGUUAUCCAUUCAAUUUUACAGAGCUGCAAAGAACCACGUCGGAGUUAUAACACCAUGAAUACUCUAGCUAACUCCUGCUUCGCCGCUGCCGGAAUAUCCACCGCGUGUUCCAUUCAGUGGCCAAUACGACGCCGUUGCUGUAAAUUUUCCGGUGGAGGAUCAGCUUUUAUUCGAGCUCCACAUAACCGUAGUCCUAGAAGAAUCAUCUGCAUGGCGGAACCUUAUCUAAUUAAAAAACUUGAAUCAGCUGAGAAAACGUGGAAAGAAUUGUCGGUUAAGCUUGCUGAUCCAGAUGUUGUCUCAAAUCCAAGUGAAUAUCAGAAGUUGGCGCAGUCAAUGUCAGAGCUAGAUGAAGUCGUGUUAACAUACAGGAAAUUCAAGGAUUGUGAGAAGCAACUGGAAGAAGCAAAAGCUUUAGCUAAAGAAGCUGGCGCGGACGAGGACAUGGCUGAGAUGGUUGCUUCUGAAAUUCAAUCCUUGACAGAGCAAAUAAAAAAGCUAGAGGAGAAGUUUAAGUUAAUGCUCCUUCCAAGUGACCCUCUUGAUGCUAGGAAUAUAAUGCUUGAAGUCAGGGCAGGUGCUGGUGGGGAUGAGGCUGGAAUUUGGGCUGGUGAUCUUGUGCGUUUGUAUCAGAAAUACAGUGAACGGAACUCUUGGAAGUUUGCUCCAAUCUCUUGCUCUGAGGCUGAAAAAGGUGGAUUUAAAACAUAUGUGAUGGAGAUCAAAGGCAACCGAGUCUAUAGUAAAUUGAAAUACGAAUCUGGUGUUCAUCGAGUUCAACGUGUACCAUUAACAGAAACUCAAGGCCGUGUUCACACUUCCACUGCAACAGUUGCUAUCAUGCCAGAGGCUGAUGAAGUUGAUGUGGAAAUCGACCCGAAGGAUAUAGAACUAACAACAGCACGUUCUGGUGGUGCUGGAGGGCAGAAUGUUAACAAAGUGGAGACUGCAGUUGAUCUUUACCAUAAACCAACAGGCAUUAGAAUCUUUUGUACUGAAGAAAGGAGUCAGCUUAAAAACAAGAAUCGUGCUUUCCAACUAUUGAGAGCAAAAUUGUAUGAGAUUAAGGUGAGGGAGCAGCAGGAGUCAAUAAGAAAUCAGAGAAAAUUACAGGUAGGUACCGGUGCUCGGUCAGAAAAAAUUCGGACAUACAACUACAAGGACAAUAGGGUCACUGAUCAUCGGCUAAAAAUGAACUUUCCACUUAUGUCGUUUCUUGAGGGUGACAUCGAGACGGCUGUUCAGUCUUGUUCUACUUUGGAGCAACAAGAGUUACUGCAAGAACUUGCUGAAUCUGCCAGCGCACCUGCUUGACAAUUUGAGACCGUUGUUUUCGCAAGAAGUUGUAUUUCUUCCUUCGUGGAACACUUCUCACACAAAUCCCUGAUGAGUCCUCGGAUCAGCAUUGUUUAAAUAGACCGUCAGGAUAUCAUUCUUGUUAGAAUUGUUAAUCUAGGAUUAGUACAAAAGAAUGAGGAGAUGUAGUGCUAAUCAGGAGCUCUCUCAGAUCCAUUUUUGGAACUUAGCUUCUAAAUGUUACAGAACACUUCAACAAGAAGUUCAUUAUUGAAAAUCAAUGUAUUCCUUGUG